GCGUAAGUUUCUCUACCUACCUACCUACCUACCUACCUAGUCGGCAUCGUGGGCGCUGCUGAGCACGAUGGGCGGCAUCCACCCGAUCUACUCGGCGAAUGUGCGCAGGAUUCGGGCCGAGACGUUCAACGUGGCGUUUGAGAAGCUCGAUGCCUUUUUACCAGGCGCAUCCGGACGGCCGUCGCAGCGCGCUGGUACUGGAGAGUUUCUCGGCGCAGGCGGUGCCGGAUGAGGCGACGGCGUAUCCGUGGAGGGAUGCGAGGGGGAACUUCAUGUUCCAACUAGAGUGGCUAGAACGGGAUAGUCCCGUAGAAGCAGCAGCGACUGCCCUCGCUCGUGAACUACGCGAUCAAUUCACAGCCACGUCUGGAUACUCGCAGGUUAGGUUUGCAACCGGUAAGGUGUUUACGUAGGGUACUUAAGGUAUGUAAACUAUUUUGUAUCCAAAUUUGCCUAGGUGUAUAAGCAUGCCCUCGAGGCUGGUACGUCUUGAAAAUGUUAAAUUUCGAUGGUAUAGAAUAUAUAAGAUGAAAAGAGGCCCAACAUCUGAUGCCUCUUCCCAGGCCACGAAAAU